AGGAAAAAAAAACGUAAAAUGUAAUGAGCUAUCUUCCAUCACGGUGUAGCCAUGGCUGCUCUCAUCUCAGCAGAUGAGCUAGGUUAAUUAUCUGGAACUUUCAUGGCUUCGCAUAAGUACAAUAACGAUUUGUUGGUGGAUAGGAGAGACAUAAUCAGUGCGAUUUUGAAAUCCGUCGGUCGGAAUGAGCAGGGUUAUCGGGCUGGCCGUCGAGGAGGAAGGAGGCAUGGUCGGAUUUUUAAACCCAGAUUUUUGCAUUGGGUUCUUUUGCUUGCACUGCUGUUAUUCUUGUGUUUUGCGGUCUUUGGAACCAAAUUGGACAUUCAUGGUAAUGUAGAAAAUAGCCUUCCUUUAUUGGUAGAAGGGCAUGAACAAUUUCCAGGCUCUGAUUUUGUGACACCACCACGAAAAGGUGAUUUUGUGGCACCACCAUGGAAAGGCGAUUUUGUGGCACCACCACGGAAAGGCAAUUUUGUGGCACCACCACGGAAAGGCGAUUUUGUGGUGCCACCACGAAAAGGCAAGCGUAAGCAACAUUUUCCAUGCGAAGUUCAGUUUUCAGCAUUAGUUGAUGAUAUUCUUGAGCCCAAGGAUUAUAUGAAUUUGACACAGUUUUCCCUGGAGUAUAUUGACAAAGAGGAGAAACCUUCUGGAGCUAACUUAUUUGAACCUAGAUUUGGGGGACACCAGACUCAUGAGAAAAGAGAGCAAUCCUUUUAUGCAAGAAAUCAAACUAUUCAUUGUGGUCUUGUCAAAGCACCUCAGGGAUUUCCAAGCACUGGAUUUGAAUUGAGUGAAAAUGACAAGGAAUACAUGAGUACCUGUCAGGUUGUGGUAUCUUCAUGCAUUUUUGGUAACUCUGACUUUUUAAGGAGACCCACCAGCAAAAUGAUUAGUGAAUUUUCCAAGAAAAAUGUUUGUUUUGUCAUGUUUAUGGAUGAGGAUACACUGUCAAAACUGUCUUCAGAGGGACAUACACCUGAUGAGAGAGGAAAUAUUGGUCUGUGGCGAAUUGUGGUUGUGAGGAAUUUACCAUACUUGGACAUGCGGAAAACUGGGAAGGUGCCAAAAUUUUUAUCACAUCGCCUCUUCCCUUCUUCUAGGUAUUCAAUUUGGAUUGACAGUAAGAUGCGACUUAAUGCUGAUCCAAUGCUGAUUAUUGAAUUCUUUUUGUGGAGAAUGAAAGCAGAGUAUGCCAUUUCAAGUCAUUAUGAUCGCCGUUGUGUCUGGGAGGAGGUACUGCAAAAUAAGCGUCUAAAUAAGUACAACCAUACAGCCAUUGAUGAACAGUUUGCAUUUUACAAAUCUGAUGGCCUCAAGAAGUUUGACCUUUCAGACCAAAAUACUUCUCUACCAAGUUAUGUGCCUGAGGGAUCCUUCAUCAUCCGUGCCCAUACACCAAUGUCCAAUUUAUUUUCAUGUCUAUGGUUCAACGAAGUCGAUCGGUUUACCUCACGUGAUCAACUAAGCUUUGCAUAUACCUACUUGAAAUUGAGGAGAAUGAACCCAGAUAAACCAUUCUAUCUUAAUAUGUUUAAGGAUUGUCAGCGCAGGGCACUUGCAAAGCUAUUCCACCAUCGGACAGAGCCAUCUUCUCCUCCGCCUCCUUGAUCAAUCAGGUGCAUGUGUAAUGAAAGCAAAAACUCAUACCACCGGAAGUACAUAUAUGCUUCUCAUCUUGUUUCGAGGAAUCCAGUUUGGUGGGUCUUUUAGGUUUGGCUGGAACUAAACCCACAUCACUUUCUUCAUCAGAGACAUGACAAGGUCGGGCUACACUGGUGGUUAAUCAGAGAAGGAACCUGUUCAGCCUUGUAAAAUUGAAUGACUGGUCCCCAAUUUGAGGAAGACCUGUUGUUCAAGUUUAACUUUUGUCGGCUGUGAGAAUCCGAAGGCUGCAAAUUGGGUGGAUGAGUGGAGCAAGGUUUGUCCAAUUAUUUUCAUAACUGUGGGUGUCUAUUUUUUUGAUGACCAUGCAGGGACUGGCGGAUACUGUAUUUAUAUACUGUUUAAUUUCAUGUUUGAGAGAGAUGGUGAUAGCAACAGAGGUUCCCUAAUACUUUGUGUGUUUCUUUCUUUUGGUGCAUGCUAAAGUUUUCCAGAGAUGAAUGGUUGAAUGAAAAGCAUUGAAGGUAGCUAGAGAUAUCUAUCAUCCUCCUUAGUAUGAUGAUUUUUUGUUAAUAGCUGUUUUGCUUUCAUUGUAAAUUGUGAGGGAUGAAAAUAUGCAGUCUAAUGUUGGAUGUGAUCUCCCAGUCCCAUUUCCGUUCCAAUCCCUACUCAGGUACUCUUGUAGUCAUUUAGCGUAGAUAUGAAGCUGGUUGGGUUGUUUAAAACCCAUAAACGACACCGCACUUC